UCGUAAUUAGUGCGGCUGCGUUGCAGGGCGAUUAAUUUGUCAUUGGAGAGAAAGAGUAUAGGAUGAAAUAUCGUGACAUACAGAUGUGUUCAUUCCGACGAUAACACGACUCUGUGGCCUGGGCUUCUGCAGCAUCAGCAGCGGGAUUAUAGCUUGUGCGGAUUCAGGCGGCGCAGGUGGAGCAGAGUAACGCUGAUGCGCGUCUAGAUGCGCGCUCCUCCUCCUCUCUAUCUCUAGUCCAGACACUGCCGCAUCACCUCCAUCACCUCCAUCACCUCCAUCAUGGGGAACCGGGGCAUGGAGGAGCUGAUCCCGCUGGUCAACCGGCUGCAGGACGCCUUCAGCACCAUCGGGCAGAGCUGUAACCUGGACCUGCCGCAGAUCGCGGUGGUGGGCGGCCAGAGCGCCGGGAAGAGCUCGGUGCUGGAGAACUUCGUGGGGAAGGAUUUUCUGCCCCGUGGAUCCGGCAUCGUCACUCGCAGACCUCUGGUUCUUCAGCUCAUCAGUGCAAACACAGAGUGGGCCGAGUUCCUGCACUGCAAAGGGAAGAAAUUCACCGAUUUCGAUGAGGUCCGUCAGGAGAUCGAGGCUGAGACCGACCGCGUCACCGGGGCCAAUAAGGGCAUUUCCCCCGUUCCCAUCAACCUGCGGGUUAAUUCCCCACACGUUCUGAAUCUGACCCUCAUCGACCUGCCGGGCAUCACUAAAGUUCCUGUCGGAGAUCAGCCGGCCGACAUCGAGCAUCAGAUCCGAGACAUGAUCAUGCAGUUCAUCUGCCGCGAGAGCUGCCUGAUCCUGGCCGUCACUCCUGCCAACACUGACCUGGCCAACUCUGACGCGCUCAAACUGGCCAAAGACGUCGACCCUCAGGGCCAGAGGACCAUCGGUGUGAUCACUAAACUAGACCUGAUGGAUGAAGGAACAGACGCGCGAGACGUCUUGGAGAACAAGCUCCUGCCUCUGCGCCGCGGGUACAUCGGGGUGGUCAACCGCAGUCAGAAAGACAUCGACGGGAAGAAGGACAUCAAAGCUGCUCUGGCAGCAGAGAGGAAGUUCUUUCUGAGCCAUCCGGCCUACAGACACAUAGCGGACAGCAUGGGCACCCCACACCUGCAGAAAGUCCUCAAUCAGCAACUGACCAACCACAUCCGGGACACGCUGCCUGCCUUCCGCAGUAAACUGCAGUCGCAGCUGCUGUCGCUGGACCGAGAGGCCGAGGAGUACCGGCACUACCGGCCCGACGACCCGUCACGCAAGACCAAAGCCCUGCUGCAGAUGGUGCAGCAGUUCUCGGUGGACUUCGAGAAGCGCAUCGAAGGCUCCGGUGAUCAGGUGGACACUGUGGAGCUGUCCGGAGGAGCCAAGAUCAACCGCAUCUUCCACGAGCGCUUCCCUUUCGAGCUGGUCAAGAUGGAGUGCGACGAGAAAGAAAUGCGUCGGGAAAUCAGCUACGCCAUCAAGAACAUCCAUGGCAUCAGGACGGGUCUGUUCACUCCAGACAUGGCCUUCGAGGCGAUCGUGAAGAAGCAGAUCGUGAAGAUCAAGCAGCCGUGUAUUAAGUGUAUUGAUCUGGUGGUUCAGGAGCUGAUCAACACGGUCCGUCAGUGCAGUAAUAAGCUGGAUUCGUUCCCUCGUCUGCGGGAGGAGACGGAGCGGAUCGUCACGUCUUAUAUCCGUGACCGAGAGAGCAAAGCCAAAGAGCAGGUCCUGCUGCUCAUCGACGUUCAGCUCGCAUACAUCAACACCAACCACGAGGAUUUCAUCGGCUUUGCCAAUGCUCAGCAGCGCAGCAGUCAGGCGAAUAAGAAGAGCUCUGCAGGGAAUCAGGUGAUCCGUAAGGGCUGGCUGACCAUCAAUAACAUCAGCAUCAUGAAGGGAGGAGCGAAGGAGUACUGGUUCGUGCUGACCGCUGAGAGCCUGUCCUGGUUCAAGGAUGACGAGGAGAAAGAGAAGAAGUACAUGCUGCCGUUGGACAAUCUGAAGGUCAGAGAUGUGGAGAAGAGCUUCAUGUCCAGCAAGCACAUGUUUGCCAUCUUCAACACGGAGCAACGGAACGUCUUCAAGGACAACCGUUUCUUGGAGCUGGCGUGUGACACUCUGGAGGAGGUGGACAGCUGGAGAGCGUCGCUGCUGCGCGCCGGCGUGUAUCCCGAGAAGGCCGUGGUGGAGAGCGAGAGUUCUGGCCCGUCGGAGAACUUCUCCAUGGAUCCUCAGCUGGAGAGGAAGGUGGAGACCAUCCGUAACCUGGUGGACUCCUACAUGGCCAUCGUCAACAAGUGCAUCCGCGACCUCAUGCCCAAGAGCAUCAUGCAUCUCAUGAUCAAUAACGUGAAGGACUUCAUUAACGCGGAGCUGCUGGCGCAGCUGUACUCGGCUGGAGAUCAGAACGCGCUGAUGGACGAGUCUCAGGAGCAGGUGCAGCGGCGCGAGGAGGUUCUGCGCACACACCACGCUCUGAAAGAAGCGCUGGCCAUCAUCGGAGACAUCUCCACCACCACCAUCUCCACACCGCUGCCUCCACCGGUGGACAACUCGUGGCUGAGCGCCGGCGCCGGAGGCUCCCGCAGGUCUCCUCCACCGAGCCCCACGGCUCCGCGCCGGAUGUCUGCGGGACAGAGACCCGCUGGAAGAGGCGCUCCUCCGCCUCCGUCCCGGCCCGGACCCCUGGGGCCCUUGAACAACAACGCCGACAGCCCACAGGUUCCCAGCCGGCCCAACCGGGCUCCUCCCAGCAUUCCCAGCCGCCGUCCUCCACCCUCCCCGACCCGUCAGGUUCCCCCGUGAGCGGUGUGUGCCGCCCGCAGCCCUGCAUGUCCAGUGAUCUCGUCUGUGAUAGCAGUGCUUGUGUUGUCUGUCAGUGCCUGUGCUUCAGACCGUCCUCACACAACCCUCCGUGACGCCGCUGUGCUUCUCUUCCUGAAGCGCCAGCACAGCGCUCGCGGCCCUAGCCAUGCAUGUUCCUUCAUCUUAGGCGUGUUCACAUACUUGUGUCAUAUUCUACCAUCGUGUGUGAGCGGUAUAUAUUAGUGUAAGUCUGGAAGUGUGCGUGUGUGUGUGUGUUUGGGUGUGUGUGUGUUUGUGUUUGUGUGUGCGUGAGGCUAAAUUAAAAGAUAAAGGUGUAAAAUAGUUUUAAGGUUAUGUGAUAUUUGUCUUUAUGUUUAAAUUAUUGUUUUUAUUUCGUAAUGUUGUUUGUCAUUGAAAAGGCUCAGAGCAGACGUUUAUUUCUUAGUUGUGAACACUGGUUUUGUUGUUACUCGCAGGCAUCUUUAGAUGUCAUUGUCUGCAAACACUUAUAUGUGCACCAAAAUAUGAAAUAUAUUCAUCUUCUUGAAUAGCGCCACCUGCUUGCCAUACUAGCUGAUGACCGUUAAUCCAAAAUGUUCAACCAAAGUCUCUGGAAGUGCAGUAUACACCUGUUCUGCUGUGUAGAAACUCAACUCUAUGUACUGUACAUGUUUCAGAUGAACUCGACACGAGACAUCAUACAUUACUUUGCAAUAAAUCUAGCAGUAGUUUAGUGUCGUGUCUAUCGCUCUGUUCAUUGCAUUAGUGAUAUUUAAGUAUUGAUGAUGUUCAUUUGCUACCGUACUCAUGUUAAGUAACUCCAAGACACAUUAUAGCAUUCUUCAAAAGGACUAAAUAAGGAGUUUAAGACUAGUAUGCAGGGAUUCUUGGGGAAACGCUGAUGUGUUAUUUUCACGUUCAUUAUUAAAACAUGAAUAUAUGGAUAUAUUAUCUGCAGGUUUGUGAAUCAGAGACGUUGUGCUUGUUCAAAUGUGUCCUGCUGUAUUUCAUUUACUAGUCUGAUGACACUGAAACUGGUUAAAACUGCCUGCUGUUUGCUCCCAUAAACGCACAUACGCUGGAGAGCAGAGAGAGAGUCUGGAGGAAGGCUGAGCUUGAGUUACUGAGAGCUACAUGCUAAACACAGCUCAGAAACCAGCCACGAGAGCAUCAUGAUGCUGAGAUCUACACCUGACCUUCAGAGACAUCAGCCGCUCAGACGGAGCUGCUCUUCUUCAUGUUAGUCGCUCAGACUAUAGCUAUGCACACGUGAAGGAUUUUAGAGACUUGAUGAGACGAGCAGAUCUGAGGCUCACAUUAUAAUACAUUCAUAUGACGUUAUUGAAAAUGAAUGCUGGAAAAUGUGUUUGCUGUUCUCAGAAACUCUCCUCCGGCAGACAGCUGCACAGUUUUGAUCGUGGAGACAACACCAGAUUUUCUUUCUGUGUUUCAUUAUGGCUUGAUGUACUGUACCUCUAUAUGUAUUAAAUAAAAUCUAUCAUGGAAAAUCAAA